GGCGAAUGCAUUUAUUUACAACAAUACCCUCUCGAUCUCCGGUUUAUUUCAACGUCUGGUUCGUUAGGGCUUUAAUUACACCCCCAAAAGCCCGGAGCCGCCAUCUUAAUCUCCACCCAUAUCGUAGAUCGCUUCUCCACAUCACUACAUCACAAGAUAAACGUGCAUGGAGUUAUGAGAUUACACCUUGCAUGCUGUGAUAUUGCAAGGGCAAAAUGCCAAACACGUAUUUCUCAAAACUGAGAGGUAUAUUCAGACAAGGGGUUCAGAAAACCAACAUUGUUCCCGAAGCUAUCUUUCAGGACUCAUUGGAACUUCUAAUCGGUCAUGGAAAACUUCUGUUUGGUAAACCUAGGUUCUACUCUGGGUCUGGAGCGUUCGUAAAACCCAGUGACCUGAACGUUCUACUUCAGCAAUAUUCCCCAUGUGCUGCUCAACUAAACUUACAACCAGCUAGUAAGAAAAAGAAUCUUUCAGUUAUGGGAGCUGUUUCACGUACAUUUUCGACUCCAUCUGUGUCCGGACCGUCAUUCCAAGUUUGCGGGUAUCAUGUUGAAAAUCUGCAAUCUGGGUCUAGUAAUUUUUCUACCAGUAUUAGCAAUCUCAAGAUGCCUGUGGCUCUUUGCAGUUCAAAAGCUUUAGUUAAAGGAGGCUAUUUAAGUAACAUAGCUUCCACGCGUGAGAACCUUAUAGGCUCGAUUGAUAAUUUUGGUAUAUCUUCGAACAUCAGAAGUUUCCACAGUUUCAGGAAGAUAAGUAUGAAUUCAAGAAAUAACAACCAACCGGAUGGUUUCUCUAUAUACGGAUACUUUAUAUACCAUGUUGCCAAGACAAACGGUGGUUUAAACGAGUUUCUAGGGUUUCAGCUGAAGAGCUUUCAUGUCUCGGUUCCUGCGUGUUUAACUGCGGGAACAGCGUCUGAUAUGUUCUCAGACAACCGUGUGCCGGAUGAUCACAUUACGAAUUCUGCAGACUCUUCUGAUAGGAAAACCUUAUCAGACAGACCGUUGAAGCUGCUUUCUGGAUCAUGUUAUCUGCCGCAUCCCGAUAAGGAGGAGACAGGUGGCGAGGAUGCUCAUUUUAUUUGUUCGGAUGAACAAGCGAUAGGUGUAGCGGACGGUGUAGGUGGUUGGGCUGAUCUCGGUAUCGAUGCUGGGAAAUACGCACGUGAACUCAUGUCUAAUUCAGUAAGUGCUGUACAAGAUGAGCCUAAGGGUUCUGUUGAUCCCGCUAGGGUUUUGGAGAAAGCUUACACAAACACAAAAGCCAAAGGAUCCUCUACUGCUUGUAUUAUUGCACUCACAAAUCAGGGUCUAAAUGCGAUUAAUUUGGGUGAUAGUGGCUUCAUGGUAGUUAGAGAUGGAUGCACCGUUUUCAGAUCCCCUGCACAACAACAUGAUUUUAAUUUCACAUAUCAACUGGAAAAUGGAAGCAAUAGUGAUCUGCCCAGCUCUGGUCAGGUAUUCUCAAUUCCUGUUGCACCAGGAGAUGUGAUAAUAGCAGGCACGGAUGGACUGUUUGAUAAUCUGUACAACAAUGAUAUCACUGCGAUUGUGGUUCACGCGGUGCGAGCUGGUUUGGAACCACAGGCGACAGCCCAAAAGAUAGCGGCUUUAGCUCGACAAAGGGCACAGGAAAAGGAUAGGCAGACACCUUUUUCUGCUGCAGCUCAAGAAGCCGGAUUUCGGUACUAUGGUGGGAAACUUGAUGAUAUUACUGUUGUUGUCUCCUACAUCACUGCUUCAAAAGACGAGGAUUCUUCAUCAUUGAACUCUUCAUAGGUGAUCCUGUUGAAGCAAUUACUCAAUUCAGUUGCAGGGUACGUGGUGCAGUCUGUUGUUUGCUGCUUUUGUGGUCUAGUGUUUUGAUAAAAUACCGAUGCAUGCAUACCGCAGGAUAGUGAAAUUUGUAUAUAGCAGGAACUUAGUGAAAUACAGUGUUUUGUAUGUGAAGGAAUGCUGUGUUCUUGAAGAAAGGAACAGCAAAAAUGGGAGUUCUUUUUGUUGUUGAACUUUGAUGCUCCUCACCAGUAAUAUGGGGUUAAUAAUAUGUCAUAUACUUUUUUGGGAUA